AUGCUCGUGAACUCAAGCACGACGCCUGAGUUUCAGGCCAACAGGUCCGACAUCUCCUUGGGUCUUGGCUACGAACUCCUUGUUACAGCAGGCUCCCUUGUCUCCAACCAGACCAACACCACAUGGCUUUCAGCCUCGGAGGUGCAGCAUUUUCUUGGCGAUCCGGACGUUCUCCAUGCCAUCGGCCUGAUUCUAGGAACUGGGGCCAUCGUUUGGGGCAAGAGGCUUCCCCACAUGCUGGCUGCAGUGGCAUCGACAAGCCUUGGUCUGUGGAUUGGUCUGGUGGCACAGGAUAGGCAGCAGUUCAACAAGCCCGUUUGGGGUAUGGAGCUUCCAGAAGGAAAGUGGGUCCCGUGGGCAGCAGGAAUUUCAGCGGGUGCAGCUGCGGCGAUCCUGAGCUACUUCACCUGGAAGCUGGCCCUUGCCUUGCUUACUGGAGGCUUAGUGACCUUGCUCGCACUUGCAGCUUGUCGCUUGGCAAACGUGUCGCCAGAGAAAGUGUUUCAGUUGGGAUCCAACCUGCUCUCCUCCUAUCGCUUGGUUGGUGCUGUCGUGCUGACUAUUUCUGUCAUUGCAUUCUUCUUCAUGGUCCGGAAGUGCCAUGCGCAGAUGUCUGAAUUUGCAUCGGCGCAGCUGGGCACUUUGCUGUUGCUGUCUGCUGUUUCGCACUUUGCUGCGCGAGUUGGGGCAGAGGCUCCUUUCUCCUUGCUGGAUGACUUGGCACGAAUGGUUGCUGAGGUCCGUGCGGGGAACUGUCAUCUAUGGCAAACUGACGAGGCGCCCCAGGACGCAGGGAUGGCUGGGUGCGACUGUGGCGAGAAAUGCCGCACCGAGAUUGCCGCAUGGCUUGUGAGCUCUGCUACGGUUCUGCUGAGCCGGUGUUUGCUGCGAUGGCACCGUUCGCGCAAGGCAGACAAGCCUACUCAGGAGGAAACGGCUCCACUUGCAAGGGAGGGCUCAGGGCCAAAUGUGUCGCCACAGGUCCUGGGCGCUACAUCACCAGAAGCAUGA